CUGUCUACCUAUUAGUGGAUUAUUACUGUUGUUGGUGGCGUAUUAUUCCAGACAGAAAGUAAACUCGUUCUCGAGUGGGCCCAACUUUCACUCCAUGCAAAAACAAGCUUGUCAGUCCAUGUAAACCUUUCUCCGGAAGAGGUUCUUCUCCUUCCUUCCUUCCUUCCUGCAAUUCUAUUGUUCACGUUUUCCGGUGCAGGUGUCAAACGAAUUGUGUCCUCGUUAGUAAAUUAAUUCAUCCACUAUUACAUAAUUCUUGAUCAAUUUUUUGACAAUGAAUAACCAUGUUUAAAACCACGUGCUGUGGAGGAAGCGCUGUACAAGAGAUGGAGAAACAGGAUAAGGAAACGCAGGAGAAAGUGGAGAAAGUAGAGCAGGCUAUUGUCAUGGAAAUGAUGCCCCCGCCUCCCCCGACGCCACCGCCGCCACCACCACCACCGGGUUACAAAUUGAGUUAUUUCGAUACUAGAAUUGGUGGAGAAAUGAUAAGAUUAUUGUUUCACAAAGCUGAAGUGCCAUUCGAAGAUAACCGGAUUCAGGACGCAGAAUGGGAGAGUAUGAAGUCAGCGGUGCAGUGGGGAAAGCUGCCCAUUUUAGAGUUUGAAGGUAACACGAUCUACUCGUCGACCGCGAUCUCACGAUUUUUGGCGAAACGGUUCAAUCUCUGUGGUGCAGAUGAGAUCGAAUCUGCAAAAUGUGAUGAAAUGGUGGAAGUUUGUCAGGAUAUUCGGACCGCUUGGGGUACCUACUUUUACGGAACUUCUGCCGACUCCCUAGACCAGGAAGCCAAGUUGAAGGAACACCUCCAGAAGAUUAUGGCCACAAAUUUGCCCAAAUAUGAGGACAUCAUCGCAAAAAACGGGGGGACUUGGCUGGUCGGCGGGGGAUGUACCUGGGCCGACAUUUUUGUCGCCAAUUUCCUCUCCGUGUACGAGGAGACCAUCGACCCCGCCGUGCUGGAGGGAUUUCCUGCUCUCAACGCCAUGAAAAAAGCGGUCUUUGCUUUCCCCGAGAUUCAAAAGUAUGUCGAGAGUAGGGCAGAAAAGUAAUUGUAACUAAUCAGGCAAAUUUUGGCAGAAGUGUGCAAAAUAUUUUGGCAAAGUAUUUUGCACUCCUUUCUUUCAAGGGUUUGUGUUUCCGGGGGUGUCACACCCAUAAAAAGACGAAAAGCCAGGUUUUUUUUAAAGAAAUUAACUUUUAAUCGCUGUCAAAAUACAACGUUUUCACGAUUUUCAAAAAAUUAAGAAUUUUUACAGCGAUAAAAACUUAAUUUUUCAAAAAACCCGUAUUUUCGACUGAAUGUUACCUUCUCCACGUAGAUUUUCGCCUUUUUGUGGGUGUAACAGCCCCCUGGAAAUCUAAACCCUGGGAAGAACGGAACGUAUUUUGACAGUAUUUUGCCCACCUAUGGAAAUUUUAUUAGGUAAUAAUCAAUUAUGCAAAUUAUUUAUUUGUGUCACCACAAUUCUUAUAUUGCAAUUUUCACAAUGCAUGUAUUUCAUCAAUUUAUUGUCAAUUCAAUACUUGCAAACACUCAAAUAAAUCAAAUGCUAACAGAAAAGUGAAAGUAAA